AGCGGCGCUGUGGCCGGAGGGGGUGUGUCCGGCGCCGUCAUGGCGGAGCACGAGAAGUUCUGUUAUGUUUACAGCUGCGACCUGGACAUCAACGUGCAGCUCAAGAUAGGAAGUCUGGAAGGGAAAAGAGAACAGAAGAGUUACAAAGCUCUUUUGGAAGAUCCGAUGCUGAAGUUCUCAGGAUUAUACCAGGAGACCUGCUCAGACUUGUAUGUAACUUGCCAAGUUUUUGCAGAAGGGAAACCCCUUGCUCUUCCAGUUAGGACUUCCUACAAAGCUUUCAGCACUAGAUGGAACUGGAAUGAAUGGCUGAAAUUGCCAGUGAAGUAUCCUGACUUGCCCCGCAAUGCACAAGUAGCUCUGACCAUCUGGGAUGUGUAUGGGCCUGGUAAAGCAGUUCCUGUAGGAGGAACAACAGUCUCUCUCUUUGGAAAAUAUGGUAUGUUUCGUCAAGGAAUGCAUGAUCUGAAGGUCUGGCCCAAUGUAGAAGCUGAUGGCUCAGAACCUACCAAAACUCCUGGCAGAACCAGCAGCACAGUCUCUGAAGAUCAAAUGAGCCGACUGGCUAAGCUCACCAAAUCUCAUCGACAAGGUCACAUGGUAAAAGUAGACUGGCUGGACAGACUGACCUUUAGAGAAAUAGAAAUGAUCAAUGAGAGGGAGAAACGAAGUUCUAAUUUUAUGUACUUGAUGAUUGAGUUUCGUUGUGUUAAAUGCGAUGAUAAAGAAUAUGGAAUAGUUUACUAUGAAAAGGAUGGUGAUGAGUCAUCUCCGAUUUUAACAAGCUCUGAGAUUGUUAAAAUUCCAGACCCACAGAUGUCUAUGGAGAACUUAGUGGAAAGCAAACAUCACAAGCUGGCUCGCAGCUUAAGAAGCGGACCUUCUGAUCAUGAUCUCAAGCCUAAUGCAGCUACCCGCGACCAACUUAAUAUCAUAGUGAGCUAUCCACCAACAAAGCAACUUACGUAUGAAGAACAAGAUCUAGUCUGGAAGUUCAGAUACUAUCUUACUAAUCAGGAAAAGGCUUUGACUAAAUUCUUGAAAUGUGUCAACUGGGACCUACCUCAAGAGGCAAAGCAAGCGUUGGAACUGUUGGGCAAGUGGAAGCCAAUGGAUGUGGAGGACUCUCUGGAGCUUUUGUCAUCUCAGUUCACCAAUCCGACAGUGCGGCGAUAUGCUGUAGCCAGGUUGCAACAGGCAGAUGAUGAGGAUUUGCUGAUGUACCUGUUGCAGCUGGUUCAAGCACUAAAAUAUGAAAAUUUUGAUGAUAUAAAGAAUGGUCUAGAGCCAAACAAGAGGGACAGUCAGGGAUCCAUAUCAGACAGUAUGGCAACAUCUGGAACAAAUGGCACAGAAAUAGAUAGUUCCCAAAUCAUGAGUCCUAUCCCCCCUGUAUCUUCACCACCUCUGUCUUCUAAAACAAAGGAGUCUGCAGAUAGUGAAAACCUUGAUCAAGACCUCUGCACUUUCUUGAUAUCUCGCGCAUGCAAGAAUUCCACUUUGGCAAACUAUUUAUACUGGUAUGUGAUAGUGGAGUGUGAGGACCAGGACACUCAGCAGAGGGACCCAAAGACUCAUGAAAUGUACCUGAACGUCAUGAGAAGGUUUAGCCAGGCUUUAUUAAAGGGUGAUAAGUCUGUCAGGGUUAUGCGUUCUCUGCUGGCGGCCCAGCAGACAUUUGUAGAUCGACUAGUUCAUCUAAUGAAGGCAGUGCAGCGUGAAAGUGGGAAUCGUAAAAAAAAGAAUGAGAGGCUGCAGGCAUUACUAGGAGACAAUGAAAAGAUGAACUUGGCAGAUAUGGAACUUAUUCCACUUCCUCUAGAACCGCAAGUGAAAAUUAAAGGUAUCAUCCCAGAGAAAGCCACAUUGUUUAAGAGUGCCCUAAUGCCUGCCCAGUUAUUCUUCAAAACAGAAGAUGGAGGCAAAUACCCUGUAAUAUUUAAACAUGGUGAUGAUUUACGUCAGGAUCAACUUAUUCUUCAAAUUAUUUCGCUCAUGGACAAGCUUUUGCGUAAAGAGAAUCUGGAUUUGAAACUAACCCCGUACAAAGUACUGGCUACUAGCACAAAACAUGGUUUCAUGCAGUUUAUUCAGUCAGUCCCUGUUGCAGAAGUUCUUGCAACUGAAGAGAGUAUACAGAACUUCUUCAGAAAGCAUGCACCAAGUGAUACUGGGCCUCAUGGAAUAAGUGCAGAGGUGAUGGAUACUUAUGUGAAGAGCUGUGCUGGUUAUUGUGUGAUUACCUAUAUCCUUGGAGUUGGAGACAGACAUCUGGAUAAUCUUUUGCUAACAAAAACAGGUAAACUAUUUCACAUAGAUUUUGGUUACAUUUUGGGCCGUGACCCUAAGCCUCUGCCUCCGCCAAUGAAGCUAAAUAAGGAAAUGGUUGAAGGUAUGGGAGGCACACAGAGUGAGCAGUACCAAGAGUUCCGGAAGCAGUGUUACACAGCUUUCCUGCAUCUUCGAAGGUAUUCCAACCUGAUCUUGAAUUUGUUCUCCCUCAUGGUGGAUGCCAACAUUCCAGAUAUCGCUCUUGAACCUGACAAGACUGUGAAAAAGGUGCAGGACAAAUUCCGUUUGGACCUAUCUGAUGAAGAGGCUGUACAUUACAUGCAGAGUCUAAUUGAUGAAAGUGUCCAUGCUCUGUUUGCUGCAGUGGUGGAACAGAUACACAAGUUUGCUCAGUACUGGAGAAAAUAGAGCUGUCAUCAACUUUGAGAGGUGUGGACAGUACCCAGCAAGAAGAAUAUUUCUCAAGAUACCCUGAACAUUGCAAGACAGCCCCUGAAGGCAAGAACUUUAUAUGGGAUGUUACAGAGUGCCAACAGCACGGACUAGGUGUCUGGGUGCUGAGUCCCAAUUAGCAGAUUGAAUUUUUUUACAGAAAAAAAUGUAUUUAUUUCCCACUUUGCGUUUCAAUGUUAUUGCACCUUUUUUCUACUAAGAUACUUAAGCUACAAAGGUAAAAUAACGUGCACCAAAGCCAAAGAUGAUUGGAAGAGGCUACAGAAGAGCAAGAUGGCAGUUGAUAACUGUAAAUUUAUUUUUGUGUGUCACUUAUUACAUGAUGCUGUCUAGAAACCUAAAUCCAUUUCUGCACUUACCUUGGCGGUGGAUAAAUACAAUGGAUAGCCUACAGGCAUAGGUUGCAAUUUCUCAUGAAAGUCUUUUUGCCCCUCCUUCUGUUUGGGUCUGAAAUCCGUCUUAAAUGCAUUUGCCUGAUCCUCAGUUUGGGGAAUGUUCUCUUUCAGAAAUUACGAUUUCUUCCUUGCUAACAAACAUAUUUUUAAGUGCUGGUUAGUUAAGCCAUGUGUAGGCACUCAGUUAAAUUCCUAAUGGAAUAGACAGGUAGCAGGUGUAAGAGAUGCUGUAUUUAAACAAUUUUAUUAUGAGUGCUUUUUGUAUAGUAACAAUGUAUCCCCUGAGUAAUAAAUCCGUCCUGAAUGCAGUUUU